ACUUCCAUCUUCAUUUCCUCAGCACAAACCCUAGCCCUGAGCAACGAUGCAGAUAUUCGUGAAAACCCUUACGGGGAAGACCAUUACCCUUGAGGUUGAGUCUUCGGACACAAUCGAUAAUGUGAAGGCCAAGAUCCAGGACAAGGAGGGUAUUCCGCCGGAUCAGCAGCGUCUCAUCUUCGCCGGAAAGCAGCUCGAGGAUGGUCGCACCCUCGCCGACUACAACAUCCAGAAGGAGUCCACCCUCCACCUUGUCCUCCGUCUCCGUGGCGGAGCCAAGAAGCGCAAGAAGAAGACCUACACCAAGCCUAAGAAGAUCAAGCACAAGCAUAAGAAGGUGAAGCUCGCUAUCUUACAGUUCUACAAGGUUGACGACUCCGGCAAGGUGCAGAGACUCCGCAAGGAGUGUCCCAACGCUGAGUGUGGCGCUGGAACGUUCAUGGCCAACCACUUCGAUCGCCACUACUGCGGCAAGUGCGGCCUCACCUAUGUUUAUCAAAAGGCCGAUGCUUAAUUCUAGUUAAUGUUCCAUUUGAACUGUUUUUGAUGAAACUUUGAUGCUCUCUUCAUUGUCUCCAAUAUAUCGUUAUUUUCGUUAGAAUGAAAUUGACUCAUAUUUAAUUAGAGUUUGAUGAAUUUGGUUGAGAUUGGAUGUUGGAUUGAAUUAUUUAAUUGAUUCUCGGUUAAUUUUUGUGUUGAAA